UAAUUUAUUCAAGAAUUAAAUAUAUAAUAAAUUGUCAGUGCGUUGGAAUGAAUUAUGAUUGAAAAAGAAAAUUAUAUAUCAUAACAUAUUCUACUAUUAUCUAUUAGUAUUAUUAUAGUAUUAUACUAAUCAUAGGUAGCACACUGGAGUAGUGGUAGUCUGUCUUGUUUUGUGUAUGCAUAUAUAGAGAGAGGAGAGGGGAGUUUGCAUUUGUGGGCUUCGUUUUGCAUCUAAUAGAAAUGGAGGAAAUUGGGUUUUUGGGGAUGGGAAUAAUGGGAAAGGCCAUGUCAAUGAACUUGCUUCGCCAUGGAUUUAAGCUUACUGUCUGGAAUCGCACUCUGUCUAGGUGCGAUGAAUUGGUGGAGCAUGGAGCUUCUGUAGGGGAAAGUCCUGCAGCAAUAAUUAAGAAAUGCAAGUAUACCAUUGGAAUGUUGUCUGAUCCGGCUGCAGCCCUUUCAGUGGUUUUCGAUAAAGACAGUGUUCUAGAGCAAAUGGGUCCUGGAAAAGGAUACAUUGACAUGUCAACUGUUGAUGCCGAGACUUCCUCAAAAAUUAGUGAGGCAAUCACGUCAAAGGGUGGUUAUUUCCUUGAAGCUCCAGUGUCGGGUAGCAAAAAGCCUGCUGAAGAUGGUCAAUUGGUGAUUCUUGCUGCCGGAGAAAAGGCACUGUAUGAAGAAGUGCUGCCUGCUUUUGAUGUCUUGGGGAAAAAAUCAUUUUUCUUGGGACCUGUUGGAAAUGGUGCGAAAAUGAAACUUGUCGUCAACAUGGUAAUGGGCAGUGUGAUGAAUGCAUUCUCAGAGGGUCUUGUGCUGGCCGACAAAAGUGGAUUGAACUCCCAAACACUUCUUGAUGUCUUGGACCUUGGCGCAAUUGCAAAUCCAAUGUUCAAAUUGAAGGGGCCGUCUAUGAUCCAGAGUAGUUAUUCCCCUGCCUUUCCUUUGAAACAUCAGCAGAAGGACAUGAGGUUGGCUCUUGCCCUUGGGGAUGAAAAUGCGGUGCCAAUGCCUGUUGCAGCUGCUGCUAACGAGGCAUUCAAGAAAGCCAGAAGCAUGGGAUUGGGGGACCUGGACUUUUCAGCUGUUCACGAGACUGUAAAAGGUUCCAAAAGUUCAGGCUAAUACUGCUCAUCUGAAUUGGGACUCGUAGCAUUUAUGCGCAGAAAUUUCUCCAUGAUCGUGGAAUAUAUAUAGCAUUGUGGUCAUACUUGAAAGCAAAAAAAAAAGAUUAAUUGGUAUAUCCACAAGUGCAUUGCUACGCGUGGAAGAUUUUUCUUGAAUUCCCUUUGAUUUUGAGAUUGUGAAACUUUUGAGAAUAUUGUGGUAUGCAAAACCAAAAUAUUUCAGAAUA